AUGCGUCUCCAUUGGAGCAUUUUUCUUCUAGGAGGCGUGUUGGCGUUUGCUGCAGCACAAAAUGAUGGUAAAUAUAGGCCAUCGCCCAGCGAGCUAACCACCCAACGGCCUCGUUACCGACCGUACACUGACAGCAGAUACCUUCAGUAUCCGUACAACACUUAUCGUUACGCGAACGAUCGCCGCUAUUACAAUCGGAACGAUGGCCGAUACAACCCUGGCAAUGAUGGUAAAUACGUACCAAGGAAUGAUGGACGCUACGUACACGUUGACUACCGUUACAAGCACAUUGAAGGACCUGCCGGUAGUGGAACGGGUCGUCAAGGAUCUUCGGGUGGUGCCGGAGGUGGAACAGGAGUAAGCUCACGUGCUUCAGGAACGAGCGCUACUGGAGCUGAUUCCAAUCCACCGAAACCGGUAACAACUACAUCUUCACCAUCUACGCCACCACCGACUCCAGUACCUACGCUGGCGCGGAUUGCUCAGGUCAAGGUCGCUCCCAAGCCAGCCUAUGCUCCCGAUGGAUGGAAAAUAAUUCGUCUGGAAAAUCAAGUCGAAAACGAUGGCUAUCACUAUGUAUUUGAAACCGAAAACGGUAUCCUCGCCGAAGAGGCAGGUCGCAUCGAAGACAAGGGCACACCUGCGGAAGGACUUCGUUCGCAAGGUUUCUAUCAGUACGUCGGUGACGAUGGAGUCGUCUAUCGUGUCGAUUAUGUCGCGGAUGGGAAUGGUUUCCUACCACAGGUACGAUGA